AUGGCUUCCUUUACUAUUACCACCUUCAACGGGCUGAGAUGCACCAAAGUCCCGCGGACAGAUGUGUUCACGGCGACAUUGACAUCGGAUACUACAGCCCCUGCUGUCACCGAUCAAUCUUCGACGACAUCCGUAGAGAUUAGACCAGACCCUGCCAGUACGACGGCCGCCUCAUCGACCGGUCCGAAUUCAGAUUCGAGCACCACUGCUGCUGCAUCGAAUCCUGGUGGCGAUGAACCAGCUGCCAGCGCAACCGCACUUCCUCAAACGGCCUCACCAGGGGCUGGGGGACCACACUCAAGUCUGCAAAGCAUCCGUGCUGCCAUCGGCGGCAGUUUGGGGGCCGUCGCUCUCGUCGCGCUGGCCUUUCUAAUAUGGUAUCUCCUCCGACGUCGCAGGCACCGGAUACCUCGACCGGCUGCGGAUUUCUAUGGCGGGGAGAAGUUGGGGGGACAAACAAGGACUCAAGCCGGUGGCAGGAAUCAGCAAUUGCAGGAAGUAGCAGCCAGACUGACGCGUCCUCUGACUGGAGCGGCGCAGGCCAUCAGAGAAGCUGCCUCACAGAUGAAAACUCGGACAGGUCAGAUGAUGCGAGAGGGUCCUACUACUCGUUUUAAGUCGAAGACGAUGCCGAUGCCAGUUGUCAGUCCACCAUUAUCAGAGACGCUAGUUGCCAGAUCCAACCAGGAAGAAAAACAAGGACGGACACGCAACCACGACUAUCCAACCCUUUUGCCGACCCGCUGCCCUCGAGAAGUCUCUUCGAUGACAACCCUUUCGCUGAUCCAAAGGACCCGUUCGAUCUGGAUUCAUCACCAGGAGCGGAGACACAGGGACGACGCAGCUACAGCAAUCAAAAUGCAGAUGCGGUCGAUUUCGAUUUCGAUACUCGACAUAGCAAUCGCAAUAGCAGUAGCAGUAUCAACAUCAUCAACAAUAGCAGCAGCAGCAACAUGGACAACACCUCCCCAUACCGGAUCUCCACCGCAGAGUCAUCAGAAUCAGUCUGGUCAAGACGAGAAUCGACCAAUACAACCACCACCACCAACACGACCACCGCCAGACCCGCAAGCACGCGCAGCGACCCAUUCGACCUCGAACGCCCACCCACUACCAUCACCAUCCACGCAGGCGGAGCCAUUAACCGCAUGA